GAUUUCCUUGGAACUUCAAAAUGGUCACACUGAUUUUUGGCUCUCCAAUGCAAUCCAACGGUCGCACUAAUUUUGUCCUCGAAAUCGAACACGAGCAAACGUGCUCGCGGACUGCUGUAAAAUUGAAUAAAUCUAAUAAAUGUGCAAGAUCGCAGAACAACGAGUACGGCACAUCCUCCACGUCGCAUUGGCAUCAUUUUCAAGCACGGAUGCCCUGCAAAGAUGGUGAAAUCUUGUGAUUAAAAUUCUCCCCGUCUGAGAUGUCUCAAACAUGAAUGAAGGUAAUUCAGCAGGAGGGGGGCAUGAAGGGCUCAGCCCGGCCCCUCCUGCUGUGCCAGACCGCGUAACUCCACAUUUAACGGAAACUUCAGUUGCCCCAGCCAAAUCCAAUAGCACAACAGUACCAGCAGGAGCAGGAUCAGCAGGAGCAGCCUUGCCGGCCACCCGCCAUCACCAACAUAUAGCGACCCAAGUCAAGGGAAUCGCCAGCAGUAGCAAGCAACAGAAGCAACUGGCCAGUGCGCAGCUGCCUGUGCCGCUGUCGCCCUUGCCGCAACAACAACAGCAAACGGCAGAGGCAACGGCAGCAGCAGCAGCACCCGCCCACUCCAACGUAUCCACCUCCGGUUCCCUUAGCACAAUAGAAGGCUCUGCUUCGCCGCCGCAGGCCAAGCGUCAGCGUUUGGACAACAACGAGGAUAGGACGAGCGCCUCUAGCAUUGUUGGAACAGCCGAGAGCAGCAACAUUGUAAGCUCCCUGCUACCAGCGUCGGUGGCCUCCAGCAGCGAGGUCGGGGGGCUUUCUUCCACGGCCCUGCAGGACUUGAAUGCCCUCAAGAAGCGCAUACUCCAGCAGAAAUUGCAGAUCUUGCGUAAUCUUAAGGAAAGGCAUCUUGAAAAUGUGUCCGAAUACUUUUACCUACAAAACGGCGGCAGUAUGAUGGACUACCCCGCGUGGCGCAAGAAGACACCAACCCCGCAGUUCAUCAGCUACAGCAAUGCGAAUCGUAUAGAUCAGCUGAUACACGAAGAUAAGCCGAGCACAUCAGCAGCAGCAGCAGCUGCGGCCCAGAAUCAGAAAUAUACCACCCAACAGACAGACUCUGUGGAGUCGUCCUCACUGGUCAGUGGCAUUAGUACUGGAGCGACUAAAGCAGCGCCAUUGGAUGGCAAUAUCAGCAAUAGUACUGUUAAAACGAAUACGCAAUCUCAAGUUCCAAGCAAGAUUGGCAGCUUCACAGACUCGACUUCCGCAACAACAGACAACAACUCAAGUAGCACAGUUACAGCAGCAGCUACUAGUGGCGCCGCAUCCAGCACAUCUGCCACAUCUGUCGAGGCUAGUGGUAAUGUCCUGGCGGUGGAAGCGGAAAUCAAAAUCCCAGCAGUUGGAGCCACACCAGUGGCCAUUUCCACAAAGCUACCUGCUGCUGUUGUCCAGCUAACGCAACAAGGUGGCACCCCGUUGUUGCCCUGCAAUACAUCCUCCGGAUCCACGGCGCUGCGCCGCCCUCAAGGUCAGAACAAUGCCACAAGUGGAGGCGGCCUCACACCCACGCAGCUCUAUUCGGGCAAUGGUCCGGCAGCGCUGGGCGGCAGCGGAGGACUCACGCCUGGCACUCCAACUUCUGGUAGUCUGCUCAGCCCUGCUUUGGCCGGUGGCUCAGGAACGCCCAACAGUGCCGCGCAGGAGUUUUCUUUUAAGGCCAAGCAGGAGGUAUACGUGAUGCAGCGUAUAUCGGAACUACAGAGAGAGGGAUUAUGGACUGAGCGGCGCCUGCCCAAGCUGCAGGAGCCCAGCCGCCCAAAGGCGCAUUGGGACUACCUCCUCGAGGAGAUGGUUUGGCUGGCGGCUGAUUUUGCACAGGAACGCAAGUGGAAGAAAAACGCGGCCAAGAAGUGUGCCAAGAUGGUGCAGAAGUAUUUCCAGGAUAAGGCCACUGCUGCCCAGCGGGCGGAAAAGGCCCAAGAGCUGCAGCUAAAGCGUGUAGCUUCCUUCAUUGCGCGCGAGGUGAAGAGCUUUUGGUCGAAUGUUGAGAAGCUGGUCGAGUACAAGCACCAAACUAAGAUCGAGGAAAAACGCAAGCAGGCUUUAGACCAACACCUUAGCUUUAUUGUAGACCAGACAGAGAAGUUCUCACAGCAAUUGGCCGAAGGAAUGAACAAGAGUGUGGCGGAUACGCCCAGUCUUAAUUCUAGCCGUCUAACAUCGCCGAAACGGGAGUCCGAUGAUGACUUCCGGCCUGAGUCUGGCUCCGAAGAUGAUGAGGAGACUAUAGCCAAGGCCGAAGAAGAUGCAGCCGAUGUGAAAGAGGAGGUGACGGCACUAGCUAAAGAAUCUGAGAUGGACUUUGAUGACUUUCUUAAUGAUCUACCACCUGGCUAUCUGGAAAAUCGUGAUAAGCUUAUGAAAGAGGAACAGAGCUCGGCGAUAAAGACCGAAACGCCUGAUGACAGCGAUGAUAGUGAGUUCGAGGCGAAGGAAGCCAGCGAUGAUGACGAAAAUACAAUCAGCAAGCAGGAGGAAGCCGAGCAGGAGAUAGACCACAAAAAGGAGAUCGACGAACUGGAAGCGGACAAUGAUCUUUCAGUGGAACAGUUGUUGGCGAAAUACAAGUCGGAAAGACUCGGUGACCAGCCGCCUAGUCCUAAGCGACGAAAGCUAGCGCCUCGUGAUCCUGAGCUGGACUCUGAUGAUGAUUCGACUGCUGUCGAUUCCACUGAGGAAAGUGAAGAUGGGGCCACUGAGGAUGAAGAAGAUCUAUCUACUGUUAAAACCGAUACGGAUAUGGAGGAACAAGAUGAACCAGAAGACGGUCUUAAGAGUCUUCUGGCGGACGCUGACACAACAGGUGGAGCUGCUGGCAGCGGAAGCACCGCUGGAGCAAGCGGGAACAAGGAUGAUAUGCUGAACGACGCUGCCGCCUUGGCCGAGAGCCUCCAGCCCAAGGGUAAUACCUUGUCCUCAACCAAUGUGGUAACUCCAGUGCCCUUCCUGCUAAAGCACUCGUUGCGUGAGUACCAGCAUAUCGGACUCGAUUGGCUGGUCACAAUGAACGAGCGCAAGUUAAACGGCAUCCUGGCCGACGAGAUGGGUCUAGGCAAGACCAUCCAAACCAUUGCGCUAUUGGCCCACCUUGCCUGCGCAAAGGGCAACUGGGGACCUCAUCUUAUUGUGGUGCCUUCGUCUGUGAUGCUUAAUUGGGAAAUGGAGUUCAAGAAGUGGUGUCCCGGCUUUAAAAUACUCACAUACUACGGAUCCCAGAAAGAGCGCAAGCUUAAACGCGUAGGCUGGACCAAGCCAAAUGCGUUCCAUGUGUGUAUCACGUCCUAUAAGCUGGUAGUGCAAGACCAACAGAGCUUCCGUCGCAAAAAGUGGAAGUACCUUAUCCUGGAUGAAGCGCAGAACAUUAAGAACUUCAAAUCCCAGCGCUGGCAGCUACUACUUAACUUUUCCACAGAGAGACGACUGCUAUUAACUGGAACCCCACUGCAGAACGAUCUGAUGGAGCUGUGGUCCCUUAUGCACUUUCUUAUGCCAUAUGUGUUCUCAUCGCACCGCGAGUUUAAGGAAUGGUUUUCGAACCCAAUGACUGGCAUGAUUGAGGGCAAUAUGGAGUACAACGAGACUUUGAUUACGCGUUUGCACAAGGUGAUUCGUCCGUUCUUACUUCGACGCCUCAAGAAGGAGGUUGAAAAACAGAUGCCAAAGAAGUACGAACAUGUGAUAAUGUGUCGCCUGUCAAAUCGCCAGCGCUAUCUAUAUGAGGACUUCAUGAGCCGCGCCAAAACUCGUGAGACCCUGCAAACUGGCAACUUGUUGAGUGUAAUUAAUGUUCUGAUGCAGUUGCGAAAGGUGUGCAAUCAUCCGAACAUGUUUGAAGCGCGUCCUACGAUCUCGCCAUUUCAAAUGGACGGAAUUACAUUCCACACUCCGCGACUCGUCUGCGAUAUAAUGGAAUAUGAUCCGUUCACGCAAAUAAAUCUAGAGACGGUAAACCUCUUAUUGUUGCAUUUGGAGCAAACUAUGACCGCCUACGUCUCGCACAAGUCCCGCCUGCUCGCCCCGCCUCGCAAGCUUAUCGAGGAUAUCGAUACGGCUCCAUUACCAGCUCCCCGUUGUCCUAAUGGCAAAUACCGCUUUCAUAUCCGAGUACGUAGCGCGGAACUGGCGCAGCGCAUCAAAUUGAAUGCAGUAAGGGUAGGAGCCAGUCCAGCCAUGCGGUUGGAAGGCUCAAAGAUCGUGCCUAUGCGCAAUUUGCUACCAAGUGGAAGAGUCCUGAAAAGGGUCAGUGCUUCGAUUAACCCUGUGAAUAUGGCUUUGAAACCAGUGGUGAUCAAUACCGUGGUGACAACAACAUCAUCGACCGCAGCAUCUUCUCCUACUGGGGCCCUAAGCGUACUGAGCAACUCCAAGUUGCUGGGGGCACGUUCACAGAUAAAUUCACCAACGCCCGCUAAAGUAGCAAAAACGAUGCAAGACGGAAAGCCAUUUUUCUACCUCACACCGGCGACGAAUUCUGGAGCAGCAGGAGCCCGUCUUACUCUGACGAGUAAAACCACAGCGUCGGCGUCCACGACGACUUCCAGAACAACAGUUACUGCAUCAACUACUUCUGCCCAGCAAUUAAUAAGGGAACCCAUUGUCAAAGAUUUGGCUACACAUGUAAAAAGCACAGCACAAAAGCAAAGCAUUGCCAAUGGAAAGACAGAUCCCGAGGAAGAAGCUGAAGCAGAGGAUCCAUACAAAGUGCAGGAGCUAAUUCAGAUGCGCAAGGAGCAGCGAUUGGCAGCGCUUAAACGUAUGGCAAUGAUAAAUCGUCGCCGCACGGAUGCCACACCCAUAUACGGCGAAGAUUGCCGCGGUGCUAUACAGCGCUGCAUGCAGGCGACCCGGUCUCUCAAGAGGUCAACCUGGCAGACGCGUGGAUACGCCAACUGCUGCACUGCCAUGUCGAAUAGGAAUGGUUGGUCCCUAAACCAUUUGCUGAAGAGCUUCGAGGAAAGAUGCGCUGAUCUAAAGCCAUUGUUUGCAAACUUUGUGAUCUACGUUCCUUCUGUAUGUGCGCCCCGGAUCCGUCGUUAUGUACAGAAUCUCUCAUCGACGCACUGGCAGUACGAACGUGAGAUAGAAAACACUGUGGAUCAGGCCCUACGGCCUAAGCUGGGGUUGCUGCAUCCAAUCACAUCGGCAAUGACCACUCAGUUCCCAGAUCCGCGUCUCAUUCAAUACGACUGUGGCAAGUUGCAGACCAUGGAUCGUUUGCUGCGUCAGCUAAAGGUCAACGGGCAUCGUGUACUGAUAUUCACUCAAAUGACCAAGAUGUUGGAUGUUUUGGAAGCUUUCCUUAACUACCAUGGUCAUAUAUAUCUGCGUUUGGAUGGCUCUACGCGCGUGGAACAGCGGCAGAUCUUGAUGGAGCGGUUCAAUGGAGAUAAACGAAUUUUCUGCUUCAUCCUCUCCACGCGGUCUGGUGGAGUGGGCAUCAAUUUGACGGGUGCCGAUACUGUGAUCUUUUACGACUCAGACUGGAACCCCACAAUGGAUGCGCAGGCCCAAGAUCGAUGCCAUCGAAUUGGACAAACCCGAGAUGUGCACAUCUACCGACUUGUCUCCGAAAGAACCAUUGAGGUUAACAUUCUCAAGAAGGCAAACCAAAAGCGAAUGCUCAGCGACAUGGCCAUCGAGGGUGGCAACUUCACAACUACAUACUUCAAGAGUUCCACCAUCAAGGAUCUCUUUACAAUGGAGCAGAGCGAGCAGGACGAGUCAAGCCAGGAGAAGUCAGAGGACAAGGAUAAAAUUGUCGCUACGACAACGCUUUCGGAUACGCCGUCGACGGUUGUGGAGACGGAGAAGCAGUCACUGCGUGCCUUUGAACAUGCGUUGGCUGCCGCCGAGGACGAGCAGGAUGUGCAGGCCACGAAAACAGCUAAAGCCGAGGUGGCAGCUGAUCUGGCCGAGUUCGACGAGAACAUUCCUAUUGCAACAGAAGAUCCAAAUGCGGAAGGAGGCGCACAAGUGGAACUAAGCAAGGCCGAUCUGGAAAUGCAGAACUUGGUUAAACAGCUCUCACCUAUAGAGCGCUAUGCCAUGCGCUUUGUGGAAGAAACUGGAGCGGCAUGGACGGCGGAACAAUUGCGAGCCGCGGAAGCGGAACUGGAGGCCCAGAAACGCGAGUGGGAGGCCAAUCGGUUGGCGGCUAUGCACAAGGAGGAGGAGCUGUUAAAGCAGGAAACGGAAGCGGAGGAGAUGCUUACCUACAGUCGCAAGGAUUCGAGUAAUCAGGUCUGGAUAUCGCGAAACACCAUGGAGCAGAUGCCGAUGUGGUGUCCUCCCACUCCGCCGCAAGACAACGAUAACGAUAUCUAUAUCGACUAUUCGCUGUCGUUCAUGUAUGAGCUGGAACCCAUUGCGGAGAUGGAUCUGCCGCCAGUUUACGUACGCAAGGAGCACAAGCGCUCGCGCACGGAUGCUGGAUACGAUGGUAGCAGACGGCCUAAUAAAAUGCGCCGGGAGGAUAACUACGUGCCUCCCAGAUCGCUUUUCGAUCGCCCAACGCCGCAGCUGGCGAGACUACGUCGGGAGCUGAAGAGCCAGCGAUUCCGAGGAAGUUUUAAGCCAAAUAUGCCGAUUCCAGGCCUGAAACCACAACUUCCAACAAAACCUCUUACCGAACCGGAGGCCAUGGCUGAGUGGUGUGUCUUCGAGGAUAUGGCCAUUCUGCACGUCCUGGUAAAUCUACAAGGAUUACCUUGCAGCCUGAUGCUGCUCUCACCCGGCCAAACGCCCAACUGGGACCUCGUUUCAGAAAUGGUCAACUUCUGCUCGAAGACCUACCGUUCGGCGAGGCAGUGCCGAUGGAGGUACGAAACGCACAUUCAGCCGCGUGAGGAAGGCAAGGUAGUGGAGAGUCCCAAGAAGCAGAAGAAGCUUAAGCCCACUCUGCGCACUGAGUACCUGAAGAGUCCGCUGCGAUAUUUGCGAACUACCCAGCUGUAUGUAAGCGAUAACAACGCCUCGUUUUACAAGACGAUGCGAUCCCGCUUCGACAGCAUUAAGACUGCUUAUCUAAAGAAGGCACCGCCGCCGAAACGCCAGUUUAGUGCGCCGAGUCUGAUGAAUCCCAAGCAUAUGGAAGUGCUGCAGGAGUUUGGCAUCCAAAAUUACGAUCAACCGGUGCCGCCGCAGAACAUUGCGGCUAUGAAGGCAAAUAAGAUUCGGGAGAAGCAGCGGGGGCAGCAAAUGUCCCAGCCUCCUGUUGGCGUGGGAGUGGUUCAGCAAGUGCAGCAGCAGUCUCAGCAGCAGCAGCCUGCACCACCUCCGCCGCCACAGCAACAGCAGCCGCAACAAGUGGUCCAGCAGGUCCAACAGCAGCAACAGCAGCAGCAGCAACAGCAACAGCAGGUUGUGCAGCAACAACUUCCCACUGUUUCAACCGUUCAGCAGACUCUCCCCGUCCAGCAAACUGUGGAACUCGUGCAGCAGCAACCCAGUACCACGACAACAGUGGCGGUGCCCGCUACUGGUGGUCAGUUGCAGCAGCUGCAGAUCCAGCACUUGACCAGUUCCAAUGUCUCGCCCGGUCAACAGACUGCCAUCCUGCUCCACCAACCGCAACAGCAAUUGCGUACGCACCCUGGCCAGGGUGGACAAUCUAAUACUCAACAGUUGGUCAAAACUAUUGUUGGCGCCUCUUCCAGCUUAACUGCGGGCCAAUUGCAACAAUUGGCCCAACAGUCUGCAGCCGCGUCUGGGGGCCAGUCCAGUGUGAGUGUGGUCCUUACCACUCCAGUACAGACACUUCCGGCAGUGGUGCAACCCCAGAUAGGCUCUGGUGCCCAGAUCGUGUCCAUCUCGUCACAGACAUUACCCGUUAACAGCUCUCCCCAAUUGGGCAGCAUUGUGCAGACCCAAUCGCUGCCGCAGGUGGUUUCGGUAAGCACUUUACCCACCGUGGGCACCGUACUGACCACCACUGCCAAUCAGCAACAACAGCAGCAUCAGACCACGGCUGUAACCACUCUAAACACAGCCAUGUUGCGUGGUCAGCGGAUUGUGUCAACAGCUGCAGGAAACACCCUUCAACAGCGAACGACUGCCGGUGGUCAGUCUAUUGUAUCUAUGCCGAACUUGGGCCAAGGAGUAAGUCCCGCGCAAUUCCAGACGCAGCUUCGUUUGGCAGCUGUUCCUACAUCUCCAGCGACUCAGACCACACAGCUGGUGACCACAAAGGGAAUUCCGGUAAGCGCAUUACAGCAGGGAGGGAAAACGACAGUGAUUCCUGGAACUCAGCAAUCUGGAGGAGCACACAUACAGCUCUACCGCCAGCGCAGCUUGAAGGUGCUGCAAACAACAACACAAGCGGUGCCCAGCGGAUCAGCUGGCGGUACUGGACCUACUGCUAAUCUGGUGCAAGCUGGCGGCACCAUAAUCCAAGCUAGCAGCAUGGGCACGCAUGUGACAAGCCAAAAAGUGGCCGUUUCGGGAAUGCCGGGUACCUCCACUACUGUGCAGGCGGGCAACGUGGUAAGCAGCGUGCAAAUGCACGGACAGGCCCGGACGCAGUUCAUCAAGCAGAUGGCGGCCGGCAAGCAGCAGCUGCAGCGCCAAGUGGUGUCCGCUGACGGAACAACCACCACUACCGGAGCUGGGGAUAUGUUACUGGUUAAGCGUCAUAAUAUUCUUGCCGCUCAAAAGGCGCAGCAGGCUUCUGGAGCACUCUUUACCACUACCACAGGGCAGCAGCAACAACAGCAGCAGCAAGGUCAACUCCCAGUGGCCGGGCAACCGCAGCAGGUUACUCAGCACCAGAUCGCGUCUUUGGUAAAAGCUUCCUCGGCAGCGGCGGCAAGCGGAAGUAGUGUUAGUGCAGGCGGAGUCACCGUAUCGGCUACUAAUCCCACUGUUCAGGCGGGAAGCGUUAAUAUGACACUUCCCCAGCUCAAGCCUGGCAGCCAGAUCAAGGUUACCAUGCCAAAUCAGAUGCGCCAUUUGCAAAUGCAACAGCAGCUGACGAUGCCGCGUAAGAUUAGCCGGAUGACACAGCUGGUCAGCGCCAGUGGUCAGCCGACGGCCACUAAUAUAGUAACGACAACUGGUCCCCAGCAACAGCAGCAGGGAGUCACAGUGUCUGGCGGCGGUACUUUGCCCACAGUUGCAUCGCAGCAGCAACAGCAGCAGCAUCAGCAGAAGGUUGGAGGUGGAAACAGUGUCCAGGCACAAUUGCUGCACAUUCAAAACACAAAGGCACUGCCGAAUUCGGUCACCGUGCAGCAGAUUCAACAAGUGAUGCGAAGUGGCCAGCAGGGUACGUUAGCCACCACCAAUCUGGUGUUGGGUAAAACGAGCGUGGGACGGGUGAUUCCCGUGUCGGUGGCUUCACAGGCCAACCAGCGUCAAACCAUUCAGGUUGUUUCAGCUGCCUCAGCUCAAGCUUUGGCUGCGGGAAAUCUGCGCACUCAUGUGGCUGGGCCGAGCAUUGCCAGUGCUUUAAAGGUGGCCGCAUCUGGGGGAGCAGGUGGCCAGACUACGCAGCAGACGCUGAUAGCUGCACUGCAGCAUAAUCAGCGACAAAACGCCAGUCCUGUUCGGCUGCAGACGACGGUAGGAGGCAAUCUUCUUGCCGUUGUGCAGCAGCAACAGCAGCAGCAGCACACAAGUAUUUCAGGACCAACUGCUGGACCGGCGGAGGUGAUGACCAUCACUCAGACUACCACCACGUUGCCCACGGUAGGCAGUUUGCAGCAGCAACAGCAGCAGCAACAACAGGGCGGCAUAUCGCAGCCCACAACGCAACAGGUACGCAAGCUGGUGCAGAAAAAGAUACUGAUACGCAGCGAGAAAGAAUAACGCUCGAGUAAAGCUGCCAGAUCACGUCAGCGGCGGAGCAUUACGAGCAUCACCUCAACCUCCACCGCCACCGCAACCGCCACUUACAACACACCAACUCAGAAUCAAACCCCACAACCACCUCAAAAUCAAACACCUUCAACUCAGUCAAAAGCCAAUCAAUCUGAUCCUUUCGAAUAUCAAGAUCGAACGAAACUCAAAAGCUCAUCCCACGCCGAUCCUCAUGCAUUCAAUCAGUCAGUCAGUCAAUCAGCCAGUCAUUGCUAAAUUGAUCUCAAUUUCUGUCGAUUGGUUUUGCAGCCAUGAGCGAUCUAACUGCUCUGGAGGAUGGUGAGCUCAAGGUGAAACGCUGAAGGUUACCACGAUGAUCGCUUCAAUCAGUUCAAGGCGUGGAAAAGCCGUAUUACUAAUCUUACUGAACCGUAGAUGUAGCCCCUUAGCUUAAGUGAAAAUUAAUUGUAAUCUAUUCAUAUUACGAUAAAAGUUUUAUGGAAAUGAAGAGUGCCUAGUGUGUAGGCUUUAGUGUGCUUUAAAUUAAACGUGUAAAUCGAAGUUAACUAAGAUAUCAGCCCCCCUAUUUCCAUAGAGCAGUAUGUACAUUAGUAAACCUAAUUCAGAUAUAUCAGAUACUACAUAAAUAUCCAUAAAUAUGUAGCUAUAACUAUAUGUCCUUCCUAGUUGUAUGAUCGAAAGCAAAUAAAGAAAAUAAUUUUAAAAAUAG